CUUCGUAAUUCUCUGGGAGUGGACAGUCUGGGUAGGGGUUGGUUUAGUAGCCGAGCUGUCUGGUGUCAGUUGGCCAGUUUACGGCUAAAUAUGAUAACAGAAUCCACCCUGGUGAGCUGUCUGUUGGCUAGCAUGGCUGGCUAACGGCGACGGGAGGUAGAUAUAGAGAUGCAGAUAAUACAGUAACAGUCAGGUGGAAAGUUACUUACAUUUGACUGCUCCAGGGUGCUUUACCACGGGGCAGUCAAGACGGGCACCCAUAAUGGGUUUAUCGUUCAUUACUUGCUGGUACUACUUGCUGAGUUCUUCGUUGUUACACAACAGUCAGAUGUGACUCUCUGUGUGUUGUGGUGUUUAUGCGGUCAGCUCAUGUGUCUUUCAGGCCUGUUUUGUGCUGAGACUCUCUAGAGAGGAGGGUUUGGGGGAUACUGGUCUCCAUGGUAACACGGUCCUGCCCCAGCUGCCAUGUCCUCCAUGUCUUUGUCAGCAUCCCCUGGUUGUGGUGGUGGUGGUGGUGGCGGUGAUGCUGCAGCUGCCAUGGCAACACAGGGAUCUGAACAGGCUCUGCUGGCCUCAGACCGCUAUGCCAGACUCAUCCUGGCCCAGAUGAACAAAAUGCGGCUUCGCACCGACUUCUGCGAUGUGGGCCUGAAGGUCGGCAGCAGAGUCUUCAGGGUCCACCGGCUGGUUCUUGCUGCCAGCAGCCCGUACUUCUCUGCCUUGUUCUCUGGAGGGAUGAGGGAGGCUGAUAAAGAGGAGGUGCAGAUCCUUGGUGUGGAGACCGAAGUCUUUGAGGUUUUGCUGGACUUCAUAUACACAGGUGUGAUCAGUGUGACAGUGGAGAACGUUCAGGAGCUGAUGGUUGCAGCAGACAUGCUGCAAUUAAACGAGGUGGUGUCUGUCUGUGGAGAAUUUCUCAAGGGCCACAUGGACCCAUCCAACUGUGUAGGCAUCUUUCAGUUCUUGGAGCAGAUUGCCUGCAUGGACAUGCUGGAGUUCACUGAGAACUACAUCCAUGUUCACUUUCUGGAGGUGUGUGUUACAGAUGAAUUCAGGGCUCUGUUGAAGGAUCAGUUGGUGAGGCUGCUGCGAAGUGAGGAGCUGAGAAUAGAAGAUGAGUACCAGGUAUUCACUGCAGCCAUGGACUGGGUUCUCCAAGAUGUGGCAAAGAGGAAAAAAUAUGUAGUGGAGGUGUUGGAACCAGUCCGCUUCCCUCUGCUUUCCCCACAGAGACUGUUCAAGUACAUAGAGGGUAUUACUGACUUCAGCCUGAGGGUGGCACUGCAGACUCUGCUGAAGGAAUACACAGAAGUCACAAAGUCUCCCAAAGAAAAUAAGAUGUACAGUCAGCUACAGCCAGCCAAGAUGAGACCCAGAAGAAAAGCCAGGAAAUACCUCUAUGCCAUAGGAGGUUACACUCGGUUGCAGGGCGGCCGCUGGAGUGACAGCCGGGCGUUGAGUUGUGUGGAGCGCUUUGACACCUUCAACCAGUACUGGACCACCGUAUCAUCCCUUCAUCAGGCCCGCAGCGGUCUGGGGGUUGCAGUCCUGGAGGGUAUGAUCUACGUGGUGGGAGGGGAGAAAGACUCAAUGAUUUUUGACUGCACAGAGAGAUAUGACCCAGUGACUAAGCAGUGGGCCGCUGUAGCAUCUCUGAACUUUCCUCGCUGUGGAGUUGGCGUCUGCCCCUGCCACGGAGCUCUGUAUGCACUCGGUGGUUGGAUUGGCUCUGAGAUCGGGAAGACAAUGGAACGAUAUGACCCAGAGGAGAACAAGUGGGAGGUCAUCGGCAGCAUGGCAGUUCCUCGUUACUACUUUGGAUGCUGUGAGCUACAAGGGUUCAUUUACGUGAUCGGAGGGAUCAGCGAUGAAGGGAUGGAGCUGCGUUCAGCCGAGGUGUACGAUCCCAUCUCCCGUAGAUGGAGUGCCCUGCCGGUCAUGGUCACACGUCGGGCUUAUGUGGGCGUCGCCUGCCUCAAUAACUGCAUUUAUGCAGUGGGUGGCUGGAAUGAGGCACUGGGUGCACUGGAGACAGUGGAGAAAUAUUGUCCUGAAGAGGAAAAAUGGGUAGAGGUGGCCCCAAUGUCUACUGCACGUGCAGGCGUGUCUGUGUCAGCAGUUAACGGGCUGUUGUACGCCGUCGGGGGCAGGGCUGCCAGCAGAGACUUCUCUGCCCCGGUGACAGUGGACUCUGUGGAAAUCUACGACCCUCACCUGGAUACCUGGACUGAGGUCGGCAACAUGAUCACCAGCCGCUGCGACGGAGGGCUGGCUGUGCUCUGAUACACAGGAAUGUUCAGAUUCGAACUGUGACCAUUCACAUCAGCCCCUGAAUCAUCCCAAAACUACAUGAACUAAUGAGAAGCUGCACCUUAAAAAACACAAAAGUGUGUUUUUGUCUCAUGUUGGCUUUCACAUGAUCAUCGGUGUUAUCUAUACAUAUACACAUUUUCCGUUUUUUGGUCCUUAACAUUUGACGUCCAUUGACAGCAGAUCUGCAACUGGAAAACUGCCAAAACUGCUUCCAUUAACACUGUUACAUGGCUCAUGUGUUUCUUGAUUUUUACAAGAAUGUUAGAGGGGACAACACUUUUUUUCCCCUCUUGUGCAUUAGAAGACAAAGCUAUACUGAUUAUGAGGAUAAUUUUUUCACAGCAGAGGAUUCUAUUUUUGAUUGACCGCAGUUAAGCAGAGUUAAGUGUCAAAGUCCUGUAGGGACUGUGAAUACUAUUCUAGGCUGAGAUGUUAAAGCACUGUUCUUUAGUUUGUUCUCUUUUUAUUUUUCCUUAGAGGAAUGUUUGAGGUGUGUGCUUUGCUACUUGGAUAAUAUAUCAAACCACUUUGAGCCUAUUUGAUAAUGGAACCAACUUUAAUGGUUAGAGAGUUCUGUAAAUAAAUAUGGACUUGAAUAGCUCACCACUGUUGUUGUUACACCAGUGCAGUGAUCACUCAGUUUCCACUGGAUUUUUUUUGUAUGUAUGAUACUGUAAAUACUGGUGCCUCUUUGUCACUAUUUACACUUAAAUCCAAGGGAGAGAAUACAGUUCAUUUCACACACUGCUAAUGUGUGAAAUGACAAAAAAUUUGCAUUUCAUCCUUCUAAUAUUGAGACACAUGACAAUAAUUGACAUUGCACGUGUUUAGAAAUGUGUUUACCUUGUUUACGCUAAGUACUGUUAGUUUCCUCUUUGGAUUCUGUCACAAUAGCGCAUAUCAGAUUAAGGUGUUGCACAAUAACAGUAUUGCCUAUCUUGUACUGUUAUCCCUUUGCAAAGGACAUAAUAUUAAUAUUAUAAUUAUAAUAGAACAGUAAUUAUAUCUUUUAUUGUUUGCGUUUCAUAUUUAAUAAAGAUCAUAAAAGCUGGUGUG